CAAAUUUGACAUCUGUUGAAGUUUAUAUUUGUAACAACGUUGUACUUUUUAUAUGGAACGUUCUGUAGGGAAAUAGAUAGUCUGAUGUGUUUUAAAUACUCCAUGGAAUGAAAAUAGCCUAAAUUUCCGUUGAUGUUCCAUUAUUAAACUGUUGUUGGACAAAAUAUCCAUGGGUGACACACAAAGAACGUUACUUGGGAAGCAACCAGUUCGAAUGUUGGUAUUGGACAUGUCACCACCAUUCACAGCUGAAGUAGGGGAAGAAUUAUGUGAUACACUAGAGAAUGUUUUCUCCCUUGCUUGUACACUUAGUGGUCCAUCUCGUAUACCUUUCUUCAGUCUGAUGGUUAUAAGUAAUUAUUCAGAGGUAUUGCUUCCAUUUUCCUAUGUAAGGAAUAAUUUCCAGAAGAUUCAGACAGCUAUAUCGGAUUUAAGGUCUCUUAUUCAAGUGUGUAGGAACACAACACCAACAACGUGUUAUUAUCAGUGCCUUGCUGAAGCUUGUAAUCAAUAUCGCAGACAACUUCAGGCAUCUUUCCAGGGAGGAAUAUGUCACCAGUUGGAAAUUCAUGUAGUUACAUGUCAGAGGUCAAAUCUUGUUCAAAAACAAAUAGAAACAGCAUUAGCAACAUUGGAUACAGAGAAUCUGAAGAGAAUUGAGAUAUUAUGUAUAACUAGUACUGGAAUGAUGACACUAGAUGAUAUAGGAAACAGUCAGUCGAGUGGCUCAUCUGAAAACUCUGCAAAUAAUAGUUUCACAAGUACUGGUCUGGUGGAAGUAAUUAACAUAGAACCUGAUAUCCUGUGUUUACAGAAUAUUUUCUCAGGAUGGCUGGUAGAUUCAGGCACUGAUAGUGAACACAUGCAUUUGAUUCUUCCACCAAUGUUUGACAGUAGUGUACCACUGACAGUGAAAUGUGAUCUCCAUGAGAGAGUCCUGCAACCUGCUCAGCUUCCAUUUUAUAACCACUUUACAGUCCAUUGUGACUCCUCUGCUAUGAAGAUGGUGUUCCCAAGUACAAGUAAAGCUAUGGGAAUAUCUAUACCAAUCUAUAAAUUACGUGUUACAAGUCUGGUACCACUCACUGCUGUGUGUGACUCUCUAGUGUUUGGGAUGCCCAUGAUUGCACAACCAACCUCAUGUUGGAAGAUUGACUGGGAAGAUCUGGAGAAAAAUCAGCAACUUUUUAAGGCAUUCUGUCAAAUUUUACUAAUUAAGGAACAAGCUGCUAUUGCAUAUUUACAGCCAUCUGAAAUUGUUUCAAAAGCAAGAAAUACUAAUCAACACAGUUUCCAGCCACUGGGACAUUUUGUGCUCAUUCCCUCAGAAAAUGGUACCCUUCUGGUGAAGAGCUUAGCAGUACGAGAGCUUGUGUUGCCAUAUAGUGCCGGGAACCACGUGGAAGAGGUUGAACAGGAAUAUAAGGAUAUUGUUGCAGAAUCAAUGGACCAACUUGAAGUAUUGAGCACCUACAACCCAUUAAACUGUUCCUCAAAUCUGUUUGAGAGUUUGAGAACUAUGGGAAAGAAACCUGUCGCCCAGAGACAACAAAAAAGACCUAUUGAUGAUAAUGCAACAGUGUACACUAACAAGAUGGUAAUGAGCAAGGGAAGUAAACAGUAUAAGAAGACAACUGUUGUAGAAACGUCUCCACAACAUGACAUUGAACCUACAGAUACUCCACUUGGCAAAAGGUUGUUGACAAAGACAACAGGAAAACCAGUGAAACGAACGUUAUAUUCCGGAGCUCACAAUAAAUUUCUACCAGACAACGAGGCGAGUAUAACAAAUGAAAGCAUAAAUGUACAAAUGUUCAGAUCUGGCAGAAGUAACAAAAUAAAACCUCAGUUAUCUUUCCCAACAGCCUUGUAAACAUUUGUUUAAAUUGUUUCAGUAGUUUUAUUACAGAUUUUUGUUUUGAAAGUUAUUAUGAAUUUUAUUGUUAUUUUGUGAUAGCUUGUUGCAUAUAAUUUAUUGUUAUUACAUAUAAUUUAUUGUUAUUUCAUGUUUUUAAUGUUAAUGUAUAUUUUUAAAUCUAUACUUUAAUGUUCACUCAUCUAUAUGUAAUAAUUAUAUUGAAUAUUG